UAUAUGUCCUUAAAGCUCGAUCUAUUAUAGUACUCCGUUUAAUAUUAUAUAUACUUAAGUGCCGCCUGAGUUGACGGGAGAGGAUGGUGAAGCUGUUCAUCAGUGGGUUGGCGGUGGCGGUGGCGGUGGCGGUGACUAUCAGCGCCGCCGACGAUGUCCCGUUUGAUGAUAACUACUCGGUUGAAUGGGGAAACGAUCAUGUCACGUCCUUCAACCACGGAACGCAAGUUCAGCUUUCAUUGGAUCAAAACUCUGGUCGUUUACUAAUUAUUUUCUUCAUCUUCCUUCUCAUUUUAUUUUCUUAACAAGCUUAAAACAAAAAAAAAAAUAAUAUACAAAGUUAAAAAUGAGAUUAAGUAUGAUUUAUUACUCAAAUACGUAAUAAAAUUUGUUUAAGUCUAUUUAAAGAAUAAAAGUCAAAAUAUACACACACACAAUAAUAUAAGAGUCAAUGCUUCCUAUUUUGAAAGAAAAAUAAUUGCAAUAAUCCUAGAUAAAAGAGGUAUUCCAUAUAAAAUAGGUAUUAGGUAGUAUAUCUGCUUGGAUAUUUCAAAAAAGAUGUACUACGUACGUACGUAGUCCGUAGGAUAUUUUAUACGGAGUACCUCUUUAGGAAAUUUUGUGCAUGUUCUGAAAGUAAUAAAUAGGUUUAAUCAGACUGAUAGCCCUAAGUCCCUAACUGUAUAUAUAAUGAAAUAAGUUUCGAAAUACAAUUAGGAUAAUGCCUAAUAAUAAAUAACAAUUAAUACUACACUAUUACACCCCCUCAAUCUAUGCAGGAGGAACUACGCGUAGAUUGUCUCGAAGAAAUAAAAAUUGUUGAGGAGCCAAACUUUUGGUGAAAAUAUCAGCUAACUGAAACUUUGUGGGAACAUACUGCACCAAAAGAUCACCAUGAGCCACACGCAGGGGCGGAGCCAUGACACUGGGCCGGUACAAAGAAUAUUAUUAGAAAAAAAUGUACACGAAAUUUUUUACACUGAAAAUAUUGGCAUGUUUUAAAUUUGGGGUGAGCCAUGGCCUAGCCUGGGCACCCCCUAGCUUCGCCCCUGGCCACACGCUCUCGAACAAAAUGAUAAUCAAUAUCAAUAUGCUUACUGCGAGCAUGGUGAAUAGGAUUAGCUGAUAAAUAUGAUGCAAAAAUAUUAUCACACAAAAGUCGAACCGGUCGAUGCAGAGAAUAGACCGAAUGUGUAAGGCAUCAUGCACUGUAUAUGCAAUAGCGCGAUACUCAGCUUCAGUAGAGGAUCUCGAGACAGUGGGUUGUUUCUUAGAGUGCCAAGAGAUCAAACUAGGACUCAGAAAAACAGCAUAGCCAGAGGUGGAGCGGCUACUAUCAGGGCGAUCAGCCCAAUCAGCAUCAGAGUACGCAAGAACAGAGAGUGGGUGUUCUGCCUGCUGAAGAUGAAGUCCAUGCGUGAGAGUGCCGAUGAGGUACCUGAAAAUUCUUUUUACAACCAACAUAUGUGAAGCACGAGGAGCAUGCAUAAAUUGAGACACCAAAUGAACAUCAUAUGUAACAUCAGGUCUAGUCAUAGUUAAAUACUGCAAUGCACCUACCAUGCUACGGUACUCUGUGGGAUCAGCAAUUAACUCACCAUCAGUGAGAGACAACUUAGUUCUAUUAGCUAGUGGCGUGCGGACAGAUUUAAGGGUAUGAAGAUGAAAACGAGUUAAGAGAUCCGACACAUAUUUGGCUUGAGAGAGAAAUAAACCAGUGGAAUUUCGCACAACCUCAACCCCCAAGAAAAAGUGAAGAUUAUCAAGAUCUUUCAUAGCAAAAUAUCUCCCCAAAACUGAAAUAAAUUGACUGAUAAGAGAUGAGGAAUUCCCAGUAACAAUGAUAUCAUCCACAUAGAGAAGCAAAUAAAUGAUAAAACCAUGAAAGCUACUAACAAAACCAUGAGUCAAGAGAAAGCUACUAAAACGAAAUAUGCUUGCCAUGACGAAAUAUGAAGAGAGAAUUAUCUGCACGACUACAAACAAAACCAUGAGUCAAGAGAAAGCUACUAAAACGAUAAAACCAUGCCCAGGGAGCUUGUUUAAGACCAUAAAUGGCCUUGCGCAAGCGACAAAUAUGAUUAGGAUAUUGUGGAUGAAUAAACCCGAAUGGUUGACGCAUGUAAACCUCUUCAGUCAGAUUACCAUGUAAGAAUGCAUUUUUAACAUCCAACUGACGAAUAGACCAAUUAAAGGAAACAACUAUAGUAAGAACAAUGCGAACAGUGGUGGGUUUAACAACAGGACUAAAUGUUUCAGAAAAGUCAACUCCAGCCUGUUUUUUAAACCCCUGAGCAACCAGACGUGCUUUAUGUCAUUCAAUAGAUCAAUCAGAUCGAUAUUUAGUUUUAUAAAUCCAUUUAGACCCAACCACAUUUUUACUAGAAUCAAACGAUACUAACUCCCAUGUUUUAUUAGCAAUAAGUGCAUUAAAUUCUUUAGCCAUUGCAGCUCUCCAUUUAAGAUCUUUAUUAGCCACAGAAAAGCAAGUAGGGCCAGGAACCAAAACCUGAGUAUUUAAAUUAAAAAUCAUUUUUGGUUUAAAGAUUCCUGACUUGGAGCGUGUUUGCAUGGGAUGAAGAUUUGGGACCAAGGACGGAUGGGACGCCGGUACCUCGCCGUUAUCACCGCUGACAGACGGCGAACUAUCCGACACGGCAGAACGCACCGGCGAGCUGGGAACAACCGGAGAAGCUGUCCCAGGCGACGAAGUACUGCUAGCGGUAGUCGGCGUGGCAGCUGAGGAGAACGGAGAGGCGGCAUGGUACACGGGGGGCAUGGAUGAAGGCAGUGAAUUAGGAGCUGUAGGUGGAAAGAUCUGGUGGCUGUCCAGUAGCAGUGGAAGAUAAUGGGGAUGUCAUGGAGAAAGUGGGAGAACAUGUUUGCAUUGUGGAGGACUCAGACGACACUUGGGACACCGGUUGAGUAUAUGGAAAAAUGUUUUCAUGAAACCUGACAUGACGACUAACAUAAAUUCUACCUGUUCAGGGAUCAAGACAACGAUAGCCCUUAUAUUCAGACACAUAUCCUAGAAAAACACACUGAGUAGAACGAGAGGAAAGCUUAUUUGCUGAUGUAGCAGAAAAAUUGGGGUAACAAGCACAUCCAAACACACGCAUAAAAGAGAAGUCUGGGGUCCGGUGGAAUAAUUUUUGGUAUGGUGAAAAGCUAGUAAAUUUAGUAGAAGGUAGGCGAUUAAUAAUAAAAGUUGCAGUCAAAAGAGCCUCAACCCAAAAUGUAGCUAGCAGACCAGCAUCAAUCAACAUAGUUCUAGCUAAUUCAAGAAGAUGCCUAUGUUUGCGUUCAGCUAAACCAUUCUGUUGAGGAGUGUCUGGGCAGGAUUUUUGAAAAAGAAUUCCAUUAUCAUUAAAAAAAGACCGCAUACUUGAAUUAUCAAAUUCACCCCCUCCAUCACUCUGAAAAUUUUUAAUUUUAUGAUCCAAUAAAUUUUCCACCAGACGCUUAAAAAAUUGAAAAUGUGUAAAGACUUCACUUUUACGACGCAUAUGAUAAAUUCAAGUAAAACGAGAAUAGUCAUCAAUAAAGGAAACAUAAUACUUGAAACCAGAAGAUGAAAUCACAUGAGAUUGCCAAACAUCAGAAUGAAUUAAAAAUAAAGGUUUAUUAGCAUAAUGAGACACAUCUUGAAAAGGUAAUCUUUGAGAUUUACCCAAAUGACAAGAAAUACAAUCAUGAUUAAAAGAAGAAAGACUACUAAGCUGGCCAGACUUCCUAAGACCAUCUAAAACUCUAGAGCCACAGUGUCCCAACCGGCGAUGCCAAAGUGAUCCAGGUGCUGCACUAGAUAACAAAGCCAACGGUGGUGAUGAAGAAAAAUUAAUGGGAUAAAGGUUGCCGCUACUGGAAGCCUGAAGAAGAUCCGCCCCCGUGAUUUUGUCCUUAAUCAAAACAGAUUUUUUGUCAAAAAUUAUCAUGCAAUUAUUAUCAGAACAGAGCUUCUGAAUAGAAAGCAAAUUAUAUUUAAUAUGAGGAACAUGAAAAACCGAUCUUAAAUGAAGAGGCUUAGGUAAAGAAUUAAUAGAAAUAUCGCCAAUAUUUUUAAUGGGUAAAUUAGUUGCAUUAGCUACAGUAAUAGCAAGUGGUCCAGAAUAAAUAAAUUUAUUAGCUAAAAUACCUUCCUGAGAGGUCAUAUCGCAGAUGCACCGGAGUCUGGAAACCAGACAGCGUCAUUUUGGUCACUCAUGGGUGCAGCAAGAGCAGGAGCAGUUGGCUGAUUAAAGCGGGACAGACACGAAACAGCAAAAUGACCUGGAGAAUAGCAAAUUUGGCAAACAACUGGCGGGGGAAUAGAACCAAACUGUCCAUCAACUAGGGGAGAGCCUGCAGACCCAUGAUUAGUACCAAUAACAAAAUAGGGAUGCAUAUUAAAUGAUGAAAAGACUGAAUUACAAAAUGUUGUACCUGGCUAUCCCUGUGGAUGUGAUCCCGCCGGUGGUGCCGCAAAAUAUCCCUGUGGGAAAUAGCUGCCAUGUGCGGCUGGUCCUAGCCGUGGCGGAUAAUAAUGUGGCGGCGGUGCUCCAUAAGCCGGCUGCUGGCCAUACCCACGACCUCGGCCGCGGUUUCCCCUACCACGCUGACCGCGGUUCCCCCUGCCACCACACCCCCUAUUGUGCUGGUUGUUGCCACGGUAAUCUUGCUGGCCUGGCCCAGCUGGAGCCGUCGGCUGCACUGCAAAAGCCGUCGGAGGUGCGGCUUCCCGAGAGCGAAGAUAUAAAAUACGUUGUUCCAGUUCAACCAACUUGAUGCGUAGCUUAUCAAACGUGAGGCCCUCGGGAAAGGUGGUCAGCGUGGUCAUCAUGGAUUCAUAUUCAGGACCAAGGUCAAGAAGAGUCUGCUCAAGAAGAUCUUUCAUAGACACAGGAGAAUUAAUGGCAGCGAGAGCAUCUGCAAUUUUCUGUAUCUCACGCACCAGUAAGUAAGAGAUUGAACUUGACAAUAUAUAGGGGAUAAAAAAGACAAAAUACUAACAAAACUAGUAAUAUAUACUAAUAAGGUCAUCACAAACUUAAUGAGGCAUUAUGCUAGCUACAAUUGUUUUUCUGAAUUUUAUUCUAACUCUGUUUUUUCUUAGAUUGUUUUCAAAAAUAUUACAAAAAUAAAGGAGUUAAUUACUAAGGAGUACUACGUAUUGUAUAGUAUCUUUGUCAAAUGUAAAAAUUGAACAUAAAUGAUUAUGACUAAUGUUGUUACACCACUUAAAAUGUUAAGCAAAUUUUUUUUAUAAACCAUCAUUAUUUUAGUCAUCAAUAUGCCAUGUAUUUUCUUUUUGAAAGAAUCAAUAUGGAAUUAUUUCAAUCCCUUAGGCUUGUUGUUGUCCGGUUUGUGAUUCGUGUGUCAUAUAUAUAUUGCUCUUUCACGGAGCUUCAAUAACCGUACAUAAUAAAAUAUUGAUCGUUCUAUCAAGUUUAUCAAUCAACUUUUAAACUAAACAUGUAACGUUUACAAAAAACUAAACACGUAACUUUUGAUUUUGCGCGUUGAAUUGUGUAAUAGUAAGAAAAAGUAAGGUUGAAGUUACUUUUCUGCCUGUAUUGGCUGAAAUUACUGUAUAUGACCAUUUUUAGUUAUUUUUCAUAUUGUUUUUUCUUUAUUUUAUUAAUAAAAUUAUAUUUUAAAUAUAAUUUCUUCAUAAAUCAGCAGAAUCAACCGAUAAAGCCACUUCAGCGAGAACUUUAUUAAUUUCAGCAAAAUAAGCCGAUUCGGUCGAUUUCAGUGUACCAAAUGGACUAUGAAUAGAGUAUAUUUGUUUAAACAAAUUAAUAGUUAAGAACUUAUGUAGAUUAUGUAGAUUAAAUUUGAAAAUUUGGACUUUUUAAUUCUAUACUAUACUUGACCCUAGAGGCUCAGUGUGGUAACACUUUUACACAAUCUAAUAUACAAGUACAUUCUGAGAGAUUUGCACUUUUAGCUUUGUAACUUUCAGAUGUUAUCGGUAUUGGUCUUGUAAUUUUAGUCACUUACAAAUUUGGUCCUUAAACUAAUAAAUCUUUGCAAUUUAAGGACUUUCCACCGGAAAGUACACUUUCCGGCAGAAAAAUCCGACAUUGGCGACAUCUUUUCUGAUAUACUAUCGCCGGAAAGUGUACUUUUUAGGGAACAAGUCAUUAAAUUGGAAAUAUUAAUUAGUUACAAGACCAAAUUUGCAAGUGACUAAAGUUACAUGACUAAUAAUGGAAACGGUCAAAAGUUACGGGACGAAAAUUGCAAAUUCCACUAUACACUUAAUGCUAUAUAUAUAGUAUACAUAUAUAUGGUUAUUAGUAUUAUAAAUUUAUAACGGUCACUAAAGAGUACGUAAUUAAGACUAAAAAGGAUUCCUUCAAAAAAGAACCCAAAAAGGAUCAAUAAAAUGACAUCAGUAGCAUCCUCCAAGAGACAUACGAGUAGUACUACGUAUUUAGCUUCAAGCUCUUUUUUUAACGGCAAUAAAUUAACUUGGCUUUUAGAUUGCUUCUUUUUUAUAUAGAAGGACGAGGCGUAAAUCAAUAUCGCAACAUUCAGAUACGGAGCAAACUACAAAACUUUUGAUCACAAUCAAUCGUCAUCUCUCGAAUCAAAUUUAGAGCCAUCUCUCGAAUCAGACUUACAGUCAAUCACCUUCAAAGAAGCAAUAUGACUCAUUGAUCCUAUAAUGAGCAUAAAUAACCAAAGACGGUCAAAGCAGACCUCCCACCACCCAAUCCUAAUGCAAUGGUGUUACAAAAAUCGAAAUAAAAAGUGAAAGUGUAAAUAGUCUGAUCAAGAAAAAAAGAAACAACAAAAACAGUAAAAUUAGCCGUUUGUUCCAUCCUCAAGAACAUGAGAACCUUCCACGCUCUAGACCAACAAUAAGUCUGCUUCAGAGCCAUGCUAUCACCGUUUGGAUCCUCCUGUUCAUGCUCUUCCCAAAGCCUCAUGUGCUUCUGGCCAACCGACACCUCCUCAAUACUCACUGAGUCUCCUUCCCUAGCCGUGCCCUUGCCUGGAUCAGUCGUAGCAACAAUCCAGCUCUGUCUCCCUGCGCCCACUCCGCCAUCUCUACUCUGAAAAUCACUCUGUUGCUUCAGCCCCAUUCCUGUGCCUGAGGUUCCUUCUACCACUAACUAGCCAUGUAUUUCCCUAUCUAAGACUAGUCUUCCCCUCUUCCCUGCUCUAAGUUUCACCCCAUAAGAUUUUUCCAACACUGUAUUUUCCCCCUUAUAUGUCAAAGGGCAAAACCUGUCAGCAUGACCAAUGACCCCACAGACAAAACAAAAGUUAGACAACUUUUUAUAUUUGAAAUCCACCCCGUGACCAACUCCCCCUUUUCUAAGAGUUGUUCCCUUUUUCAGAGGUUUUCCAACUUCCAUACAAAUGCUGAUACACAUAUAACCAUCUCAGUUUCCUUCAAACCGACUUUCAUCAAAGCUAAUGGAUUUUUCAUUAAAAUUACCAACCCUCAUAGCAGUACCUAUGUUCAUAAAACCAUAAGGGACAUUAUGCAUCUGGACCCAGAAAUCAGCCUCAUGUAGGUUAACCUUGAGGGGAAUAUCCCCUGACUUAAUUUCCUUGAGGAUCAACAAAUUCCUUUUAAACAACCAUAGACCACUUUCUAACACACGUCUCAUAUCCACAAUAUGGUAAAAGGUGAAGAGAUGCCUCUUUUAGGCGAUCUCUUUGAUUGAAACACCUUUGUUGGAACGCCACAGAGAGGCCAUAAGAUCCUUGAAAAUUAGAAAUUUUAUGUUUCGAUUUGUAAGUAAGGUGCCUACCACCAGAAAAACAGCCCGCCGCUCAUUUGCCACAUCCUCUCCGAACAUGUCAUCAUCGAAGACCAACUCCUCUCCAUCCCUUCCAAUGACCAUGUUGUCAUACUGAUUGAUUAUAUCCUCCACUGGAAAGCUUCCAGCCGCACCUGCUUGCCACAAUAGCUUUUUGCUUGCUCGAACAAAACCAGUCACGGAAGUCCUUCACUACCUUCUUUUUUCCCAGAGCUGCACUUCGUGUAUUGCGAAAGUGGAGAAGUCACAAACCCUAGAUUAGGGAGACGGCCACAUUUACAGGGACUGGUAUUGUUCGCACUUCUUAUUUAACGAUAUUCUUAGUAAAUGUAUAAGAAUAAAUUAUACUAAAUAAAGUGUCAUUGAAUUUUUCUAUAUGUAAGUUUUUAAAAAGAAUUAACUACUACGUAUUUUUUAUUAGCACACAAUUAAAUAAGUUAAUUGCCAGUAUCACAUAUUGGACUAUUGGCUAGUUGGCUACGUGAUAUUCAAAUUGUUAAAAUAUACGGUUAAUAUGAACUAAUAUAAUAAACUAUUAAUUAAACAAGUAAAUUUAAACUUGCACUUCCACCGUUCCAAAGAAUCUUCCCACUUACCUUUUUGGAAUGUCACAAGAUAUUCUUCUCAUUUUCCUGUAUGGAAUGAUUUGUAUGAUUAACAUCCAUUUACAUACCUUUUUUUACUGAAUAACAAUCAUGCAUUCCAUCUUGAUUUUAACUUUCUUAAUAGGUGUGUCAAUUAAGUCAAGGCGGAAAGUGUUUUUUGGGUCGGAGGGAGUAUAUUUUAAUCUUGUGAUUAUUUUUUACAAAUAAAAAACCCUAAAGAUUUGAUAUACCCAUCUAGUAUGGGUGUGUGUACAUGUGUGUGUCUGAGAAAUAUAUGCAAUAUUUUGUAAGUUGAGCUCAAUGAAUUAUGUAAUUUUAAACUUUCCUUUUUUAUUUGUCACAUAUUUCUUCUUCAAAAGUUUUACUAACAUAGUAUAUCAUUUGUCCAUGCACUUCAAUAAAUUAAUUUUCAUUUCGAAAAUUUCAUUAAAGAUAAUAUGCAAAUAUGAAAAGUAUUAUAUAUUCGGUGCUAAGCAUAUAUAUAUAUAUAUAUAUAUAUAUAUAUAUAUAUAUAUAUAUAUAUAUCAAUCGAUCACAUAUUAACAUAGCAGAAUAAGUAGUUAAAUAUUAUUAUAGAUUAAUUGAUUAUUUACAUCCAUAUUACAUUAUUGAUCUAAGGAUCACGCUUUGGGUCAAAGUCCUUCUAUGGAUCAGGGUUUUUCGAAAUGAGGAUGAAGGUACCGCCUCAAGAUUCUGCUGGAGUUGUCACUGCUUUUUACUUAACAUCAAAUACAGAAAAUGGUCGUCAUGACGAGCUAGAUUUCGAGUUCUUGGGCAACCGAGAAGGAAAACCAAUUACCUUGCAGACUAACGUCAUCACAGAGGGCAUUGGGAAUAGGGAGGAAAGAAUUAUUCUCUGGUUUGAUCCCUCAGCUGAUUUUCAUUCUUACCAAAUCCUUUGGAACCAACAUCAAGUUGUAUUUUAUGUAGAUAAUACACCAAUCAGAGUGUUCAAGAAUAAUGCCAAGAUUGGAGUGGAAUACCCAUCAUCACAUCCUAUGCAGAUUGAAUGCAGCCUAUGGAAUGGAGAGAGUUGGGCGACAGAUGGGGGGAGAUCCAAGAUAAACUGGACACACGCACCGUUUAAAGCCGAGUUUCAAGGGUUCAAUGUGGAUGCUUGCCAUGCAGAUAAUAAUCUGAGCUCUAGUAUUGACCAUUGUUCCUCGCUUACAUACUGGUGGAACCAAAACCCGUUCUGGACAUUAAAUGAUACUGAACAAACAACUUACACUCAAGUUAGACAUAAAUACAUGAACUAUGAUUAUUGUGCGGAUCUUUCAAGGUUCUCCAACCCUCCACCAGAGUGUGUUGUAUAAGGAUCAAAUCUCAAUUACAUAUAUUUUCAUUUAAUAUUUUAUAUUCACAUUACUACUUAUCUAAUACUAGUAUGUUAUAUAGUAAAUCCUCUUACAAUCACAUUGACACCGAGUUGGCAGACCUUAUCUCAUUUUAAUGCAAUGUCGAAUUAUUAAUGUUUGUAGGCACGAACGUCAAUUUUCAUUAUAUAUAAGUGUGUGUUUGUAUGUUGUGAAAUUCACAUAAAACAAUAUUUCCCAUAAGAAUGUAAACUUGUGAAAUUUUUAUUUGAUGGAAUGCACAAUUAUGU